UCACUCGGCAACAUGGCGGACUGGAAUAGAGGUCAUGGCUCUGUGGAUGACAUGCUGGAUACUGAAAACAAACGGCUGGCUGAGAACCUGGCCACCAAAGUCUCCAGACUGAAAUCUCUGGCAUAUGAAAUCGACAGAGAGGCUGAUGAUCAGAACGAGUAUCUGGAUGGCAUGGACUCAAACUUCUUGAGUGCGACGGGCCUGCUGAGCGGCAGCGUGAAGCGUUUCUCCACCAUGGUCCGAUCAGGCAGAGACAACCGCCGCAUCCUCUGCUACGUCUCUGUGGGCCUGGUCCUGGUCUUCUUCCUGCUCUACUACAUGGUCUCAAGGAUCCAACGCUGACAGGAAAACAAAGAUCAGCCAGGAGCUGAGACUGCAGACUCAUAUUUGAUAAAUCAUCUCUGUGGCUCUCCUGCACGGGAAAAGACUUUUUAUUCUGCACCAAAGUGAGAAAACACACAGGAAGUAGACGGGAAACAUUUUGUUGUAUUGUUGAACUGACCAACGGGGGCGCCGGCCAGCUCAGCAGGGGAAAAGGUGGUGAGCCUGGUCAUACCCAACAUGCUGGGGUCUAUUAAACAAAAAAAUAUGCCUGGAGUUUGUGGCUUUUCAGCCCAGCACCAUGUUUGACCCUGCAGCCAGGAAGUCCUAAUAUGGGCAAAGAGAAGGUGGAGCCUAAACAGAGCUCAGGUGGGAGAAGCGCCCAACACAAAUGAGUGGCUGUGCCUCGUUUCCAGACUACACAGUAAUCUAAAAGGUGUGUAGGAUUUAGUGGCAUCUGGUUGCACAACUGACACUUCUCACAUGUGCCAAGGCUGGAGGAAAACAACAGGAGAAAAUGCGAAUGGCCCAUUCUAGAGCUUUGUUCUAAAGCAUUGUUGGCUACAGUAGAAACAACAUGGUGGGCUCAGUGGAAGAGGAGCCGCUCCGUAUGUAGAUAUUAAGGGCUCAUUCUGAGGUUUAGGUGAUUUUGCACCUAUGGUCCAUUUCUGCCAACAGAUGCCCCUGAAUCCUACACACUGGACUUUAAAAGUAGGUUUUGAGUUGUAACUAAUUUAUUCAAAUUAUUAUUGACAGAUCCCCCCCCUCUCAGAUAUUAUUUAUGUAGUGUGGAAUUAAGACAGCAGCAGCAGGGAGCAGGACGUGAUGCCGCCAUCUGCUGUUGGCUGUUUGCUGGUCUUCAGGGCACCAGGUGAUGUCAACAACAAGGGGUUGUCAAUCUAUUGGUUUUUUUUAACAAGGGUUUGUGUUAGCAGAUAGCUCUUGUUAGCAUGCAGUGAAAUUGUAUAGAUCUUGAUUGACAGGAGACAAAGUUACAGGCUAACACUGAUACUGUUGCACAUGAUUUUAUUUUUUUAACAAACAUAAAUGUGUUGGUUUUGUUUUACUUUGGUUUGAUGAGCAGUUUAUGUUCAGUGUGUGUUUGCAGUAAAGCCUGUUUCCCUCAAGUAAUGAUGAUUAAAAGUUGGGAUCUGUUCUGUUUAUGGUUUACAUGGACGGUUUGCAUAAUUCUUCUGUCUUGUUUUUGUACUCCACAUUAAGUCUGCACAGCACAUUACUGCUGAAGAGAGACUGCAGGAGAUUUAAGAGCAUUCAAAAGAGUUUCCUUUGUUUACAUUCCAGCUGACUGGACGGCUCAUCACCCACAGCAGACAUUUAUUAUUUUUAUUAAUUAUUAUUACCAUUAAUACACAUGUAAUAAAUGAUUUUAAUUGUGGAA